UUUGUGUGUCAGAACCUGACUGAGGACUACCUGUUGAUGGAGGGACAGACUGAGGACAGUCAGCUGAUGCUGGACCACACCGUGGACCUGAGCCACGACAUCACCAACACAACCUCGAUGGUAGAUCAGCUGAGUGAACAGCUGGCUCGGUGGCGCCCCCUGCUGAUGAAACACGUUGACUCUCUGGUCGUGGGACUGAAGAUGAGCGAUGCUCUGGAGAAGGUUUACAGCGCAGAAAGCCACGCCCACCUGCUGCAUAGCCACGCCCACUCUGUGCACAGCUCUCUGUCGUCGGUGUGUAACGCGUCUCAGAACAGCAGCCGAUUGGUUCAGCUGGACAGUGACAUCACAGAACGAGUGGACUUGGCGCAGCAGGUCGCCGCCAUCGCCCAAUCAGCUGCCUCGCUGGCUCUCAACACGAGCGUCCAAUCAGAGCUGCCGCUGUCAGAAGAGGGCGGAGCCAGACUGAAAGCCAGCGCCGCAGUUUUAGAAGAAAGUCAACGAAUCAAUGAGACCGCUGCAGAGCUGCAGCUGAAUGUCUCCAUGGUAACCAGCCGGCUGGGAUUGGUCGGAGACAGCGUGCGUAACUCCAGCCUACUCCUGCGUCAGCCAAUCAGAGAGCUGCAGAGCCUGUCGAACGGCUCCUCUGAUUGGCUGGAGGUCGUGACCCUUCAGGCGUCUCGCUCCAGCCUGCAGGAGGCGCUGCAGCGGCUACACCGCCUCACACUGCAGCUACAGAACUCUUCUUCUGUGGUGGUCAACACCAACAACACCGUCAGGGAGACCAACAAGCUGGUGAUACACACACACUCAGCAGCCAAUGAGGCGCAGCGUAAGCUGGAAGAGGCGGAGCAUCGUACGGAGCGUCUGAUGGAGCGGAUCAAGCCGCUGAGCAUGCUGGGAGAAACGCUGAGCAGGAACCUGUCUGACAUCAGAGAGCUGAUCGACCAGGCCAGGCGCCAGGCCGCCUCGAUUAAGGUGGCCGUGCAGGCCGACAGAGACUGUGUUCGCUCCUACCGGCCGCAGAUCCUCUCCAGUAACUUCAACACUCUGAGUCUGGUCGUCAAGACAACCAGCCCCGAAAACCUGCUCUUCUUCCUGGGCAGCAACACCACGGUGGACUUCCUGGCUGUAGAGAUGCAUGCUGGGAAGGUGUCUCUGGUUUGGGACGUGGGUUCAGGCAGCAGCAGACUGGACUUUCCUGGACUGGACAUCAGCAACAACCAGUGGACCAGAAUCAACGCCACACGGUUCGGGGCCCACGUCUCUCUGUCGGUCCAUCAGCUGGAGGCGGAGGCGGUGCCGUUGCCCGCGGUGACGACGACGUCGCCGGGCCCGGCCCGAGUUCUAGACGUCGACGAGAACUCGGUGAUCCACGUCGGAGGACUCGGACCGGAGACCCGGCGGCCGGCGCCGCUGGGGGCAGUCGUCAGCUUCCAGGGCUGCCUGGGGGGGGCCUCGCUCAACGAGAAGAACAUCGGACUCUGGAACUACGAGAGGAGGACCGGGGCUGUGGGGGGCUGCUUCAGCAGUCCCCAGGCGGAGGAGACCUCCUUCCACUUUGAUGGAUCUGGCUUCUCAUUGGUUCAGAAGUCUCUGAGAGCGACCUCCACCUCCAUCGUGCUGCUGUUCAAAACGCUGUCGCCGGGCGGAUUACUGCUGUACCUGGCCUCCAACAACACAAGGGACUUCCUGUCCAUGGAGCUGGUUGAGGGUCGUGUGCGUCUGACCUUUGACCUUGGCUCCGGCGCUCUGACCUUGACCUCCAACAGGAAGUACAACACCGGCGCGUGGUACAAGAUCACGCUGCAGAGGAGCAAACGCAAAGGUUACCUGUCCAUCAUGGCUGCCGACCAAUCAUCCGAGAAGGAGGUUUUGGAGGCGGAGUCUCCCGGCUCGGCUUCGGACCUGAACCGCUCCGACCUGGACCCCAUCUACAUCGGAGGACUUCCUGCCUCCCGCCCAAUCAGGCGACAGGUGGUGUCCAGGUCGUACGUGGGCUGCAUAAAGAACGUGGAGAUCGCCCGGUCCAACUUCGACCUGCUGAGAGACGCGUACGGAGUCCGCAAGGGCUGCGUCCUCGAGGCGGUGCGCAGCGUGUCGCUGUUGGCCGGUGGCUUCGUUGAGAUUGCGGCGCCGCCACUUGGUCAGGAGGCGGAGCUUCUCUUCUCCUUCUCCUCCCUCAACCAAUCAGGAGUCCUGCUGGCUGCCUUCAGCGAGGAGCGCACACAGAGAAAGUACUUCCUGUCGGUGCAGCUGUUGUCCGGAGCGCUGGAGGCGGAGCUUGGCGAGGUGGGCGGGGCUACUCGGAAGGUGACGGCGGUGAAACCUGACGGAGCGUCCUUCAGCGACGGGACAAAACACUCGGUCAUCAUCAACGUCAACAGGAAGUCCCUGUCUCUGCAGGUGGACGAGGAACAAAGGAAGUCUGUCUCUCUGUUGCCGGGCGGAUUAUCUCGUCUGUCUCCAGCCUCUUUCUUCAUUGGUGGGCUGCCAUCAGGGGAGGAGUCUCGUCUUCCAAUCAGAUUACAGGAGGUGUACCGGAGUUUCAGAGGUUGCAUCCAACACCUGGUGCUGUCCGGAGCACUGGUGGACCUAUCAGGGGCUGUGAAGUACGAGGGGGCGGAGCUCGACAGCUGCCUAUUGGAGGAGAGGGCCGGGGGGGUGGUGCUUCCUGAAGACCAGGAUGUAGAGCCAACUGACCCCGCCCCCCUGCCUGGAACCCCGCCCAUCCAGCUGGGCGCCAUGACACCCGGAGCGCUCACGUGUGCGUUGGAGGCGGGGCCUAGCUUCCUGCCGGCGGCGGUUCAGUUUGGUUCGUCCAAACACAGUCACAUGACCUUCAUCAUCGCCCCGGACGCCGUCAGGAAGAGUGUGUCUCUGAAGUUGUCGGUGCGAAGCCGAGCGUUGGACGGUUUGCUCCUCCUCCUGUCAGACUCCAAGCAGAUGGACUUCGUCGUCCUCCGACUGACUGCCGGACGCCUGAUGAUGUCAGCAGACCUGGGAAGAGGCCCCGCCUCCAUCACCUCCUCAGUCGCCGUUAACGAUGGAGAGUGGCAUGCUGUGACCGGUGAGGUGAGCCGGAGGUCUCUGUCGGUGUCUGUAGACGGGUUGAGUCCUGACUCGGCGUCUCUGAGAGGAAACCAGCUGGACGUAGACAGCAGCCUCUACCUGGGAGGACUACCACACACACACUCCACCCGCAGGAUCAAUGCCAGCAGCAGUAUAUCAGGAUGUGUUCGCUCCGUCAGUCUCAACGGCGCCAUGUUGGAUCUGUCCAAGCCCGCCUCGCAGCAUGAUGUCACUUCCUGUUUCACCACCGACCAGACAGGAAGUUACUUUAAUGGCAGCGGAUACGCCACUCUCAUGCGUGAUGGUUAUAAGGUCGGCUCUGACGUGUCAGUGUCUCUGGAGUUUCGAACGAGCCAAUCAGACGGCGUGUUUCUGGGAAUCAGCAGCGCCAAGGUGGAUGCCAUCGGACUGGAGAUGAUCAACGGACAGGUGGUGUUUAACGUGAAUAACGGCGCUGGCCGAGUAUCGGUGCGUUCCAUUGGUCCGUUGCUGUGUGAUGCUCGCUGGCACCGCCUCCUGGCCAGGAAGAGCAAACACAGCCUGAGCCUGAGCAUCGAUGGGCGGAGCUACUCCACCCCAAACCCUUACCCACAAUCCACCUCUGCCGAGACCAACAACCCCGUCUACCUGGGAGGCUUUCCAGUGGGGGUGAGACAGAACUGCCUGUCUACCAUCUCGAGGUUCAGAGGAUGUCUGAGGAACCUGCAGCUCGUUAAGUCUCACCUGUCUGUCGCGCUGGACCUAAGCUCCGCCCAAUACCUGUCGGGCGUCACUCCCAACUCAUGUCCUGUUGCCAAGCAACGGCCAGCCGGCCUCUGAUUGGUCCAACAGUUUGAUGAG